AUGUCGACCUCAGUUGUCAUCAUUGGAGCUGGGUUUGCAGGAGUGUGGAGUGCCCUCUCAGCAACUCGUCUCAUCAACCUCAAAAACAAGACCCACGAAAUCAAAGUUAUUGUCAUUUCGCCAGAGCCGGCAUUGGUGAUACGGCCAAGGCUUUAUGAGAGCAAUGCUGCCAACAUGAUCCAUCCAUUGACGACACUAUUCCAAUCUGCUGGCGUCGACUUCGUCCAGGGCACUGCCGAAUCGAUGGACAGCAUCCGACAAAGAGUGCAGGUCCACACGCCGACGGGAGAAAGUAUUACAGUCAACUACCGCCGCCUCAUUAUCGCAACGGGAAGUCGUCUCAACAAACCUCGAAGUGUCACCGGACUUGACCAGCAUGCAUUCGAUAUCGACACGCUAGAUGCUGCUGCCGGAUUGGAGCGUCAUCUCGAAAGCCUUGCGUCGUAUCAACAGAGCGCAGCCCGCGACACCAUUGUCGUUUGCGGGGCCGGCUUCACGGGCAUCGAACUCGCAACGGAGCUUCCGAAGCGUCUUGGCCACAUUGAUAAGACACGCAUCGUUCUGGUGGAUGGUGCCCAAGAAGUUGGCCCGGAACUCGGACCCGGACCUCGCCCAAUCAUCCAACAAGCCUUGGAGGAGCUGCACAUCGAAGUCAAACUUGGAUCUGCAGUCUCAACAGUUGACGGGGAGGGAGUUAUCCUUGCCUCUGGCGAGCGCAUCGAGACAAACACAGUGAUCUGGACUGCCGGAAUGAGAGCAUCCCCUCUUGUGCAGCAGAUAGCGGGACCCAGAGACUCUCUCGGUCGCUUGCAUGUCGACACGUAUCUGCAGACCUCGACGAACAAGGACAUUUUUGCGACAGGUGACGCCGCCUACGCCAUCACAGAUUCGAGCGGCCACCAUGCGCUCAUGUCCUGUCAGCAUGCACUCCAACUUGGUCGAGUGUCUGGGCAUAACGCCGCUGCAGCGCUGCUUGGAGAACCGAUGAUGGAGUAUUCGCAGGCUGCAUACAACUGCUGUCUCGACCUGGGUUCAUGGGGGCAGUCAUUGGCGAGGGAUGGGAAAGGAAGGUCAAACUGCAUGGAGACUUUGCGAAGAGAAUCAAAACGUACAUAA